AAGGGCUAAGCUGAUAUCACCCUCCUUUUCUCUUUCCUCUCCUCCAUUGACGAGCUUCCCUCCCUUACUCAGUCGCUUUCUCUCCCUCUACCCCCCUCUGCCUUCUCCCACUUCUCGCUCUAGGGUUUUUGGAGGCCUCCCGCCUCUGUCUCAGAGGAUCCAAUAUGGACCAUGAACUGAAUGGAAAUGGAAGAAAUGGGGCGGAGGAUGCAUUACUGCCUCCCCCUCCCCCUCCUGCUGUCCCGCCGAGCCUGAUUCCUGAACAGGCUGGGCAGGAGCUAGCUCGGAUUCCUGAACCAGUGAAGAAGAAGGUCGACCGUCUUCCCAUGGCUAGACGAGGCCUUGGAAGCAGAGGACAGAAGAUACAGCUAUUAACAAAUCACUUCAAAGUUAAUGUGACCAAUCUUGACGGGCAGUUCUUUCACUAUUCUGUAGCUCUUGCCUAUGAAGAUGGUCACCCUGUUGAUGGCAAGGGUAUUGGGAGGAAAGUGAUUGAUAAAGUUCACGAGACUUACAGCAGUGAAUUAGGUGGAAAGCACUUCGCCUAUGAUGGUGAAAAAAGCUUGUUCACUGCGGGGCCCCUUCCGGGCAACAAGCUUGAAUUCACUGUUGUGCUGGACGAUGCCCCUUCAAGCAGAAAUAAUGGAAACGCUAGUCCGGAUGGACAUGGCAGUCCAAAUGAUGCUGAUCGGAAGAGAAUUCGCAGGCCGUAUCAGUCAAAGACGUACAAAGUCGAGAUAAGCUAUGCUGCUAAAAUCCCGAUGCAGGCGAUUGCCAGUGCGCUUCGAGGCCAGGAUUCAGAGAAUUCACAAGAAGCACUUAGAGUGCUUGAUAUUAUUCUGAGACAGCAUGCUGCCAAGCAGGGCUGCCUUCUUGUUCGGCAAUCGUUCUUCCACAAUGAUCCCAAAAAUUAUGCUGACGUGGGGGGUGGAGUACUUGGAUGCAGGGGAUUUCAUUCCAGUUUCAGGACGAGUCAAGGAGGGUUGUCUCUGAAUAUUGAUGUUUCUACCACCAUGAUUGUGAAGCCUGGACCUGUGGUGGAUUUCUUGAUUGAAAACCAAAAUGUCAGAAAUCCUCAUGAGCUUGACUGGGCCAAGGCAAAACGUAUGCUUAAAAACCUCAGGAUCAAGGCUAGCCCCUCAAAUACUGAGUACAAGAUUACUGGCUUGAGUGAAAGACCAUGCAGGGAGCAACUAUUUUCUCUGAAGCAAAGAAAUGGAAAUGGAGAGGCUCAACCUCUUGAAGUGACUGUGUAUGAUUAUUUCGUCAACCAUCGCGGUAUCGAACUAAGGUAUUCUGGAGAUUUCCCGUGCAUCAAUGUGGGGAAACCGAAGCGCCCUACAUACAUUCCUCUUGAGCUUUGCACCUUGGUGUCCCUGCAGCGCUAUACCAAAGCACUGACCAAUCUGCAGAGAGCUUCUUUGGUUGAAAAGUCGAGGCAGAAGCCCCAGGAGAGGAUGAGAGUGCUGGAUGAUGCACUAAAAAGGAACAAUUAUGGCGCGGAACCGAUGCUACGUUCUUGUGGUAUUAACAUCAGCAGUAACUUUACUCAAGUUGAAGGGCGUGUUCUCCCUGCUCCUAAGUUGAAAGUUGGCAAUGGGGAGGAUUUCUUUCCUCAACGGGGAAGAUGGAAUUUCAACAACAAGAAAUUGGUCGAGCCAACAAAGAUACAAAGGUGGGCACUUGCGAACUUUUCUGCUAGAUGCGAUGUGCGCGGUCUUAUCAGAGACUUGAUUAAAUGUGGGAAUAUGAAGGGAAUUCCCAUUGAACAACCCUUUGAUGUAUUUGAGGAGAACCCACAAUUUAGGCGUGCUCCCCCUGUUGUUAGAGUGGAGAAAAUGUUUGAGGAGAUACAGUCUAAGCUUCCUGGUGCUCCGCAGUUCCUUCUUUGUUUGCUUCCAGAGAGGAAGAAUUCAGAUCUCUAUGGGCCCUGGAAGAAGAAAAACCUUUCAGAGUAUGGCAUUGUCACUCAGUGUUUAGCUCCCACUAGGGUGAAUGAUCAGUAUCUGACCAAUGUUCUGUUAAAGAUCAAUGCAAAGCUUGGGGGUUUGAAUUCCAUGCUCGCUGUUGAGCAGUCUCCUAGCAUCCCUAUGGUGUCUAAGGUCCCCACUAUUCUAAUUGGAAUGGAUGUGUCCCAUGGCUCCCCCGGGCAGUCUCACAUACCGUCUAUUGCUGCAGUCGUUAGCUCUCGACAAUGGCCAUUGAUCUCUCGCUAUCGUGCUUCGGUCCGUACUCAGUCCCCAAAGGUUGAAAUGAUCGACUCUUUGUUCAAGAAGGUGUCUGAUAAAGAGGAUGAAGGCAUAAUGAGGGAGCUGCUUCUUGACUUCUACACUAGUUCAGGUAAAAGGAAGCCUGAACAGAUCAUAAUAUUCAGGGAUGGAGUGAGUGAGUCUCAGUUCAAUCAAGUCUUAAAUGUUGAACUGGAUCAGAUUAUUGAGGCAUGUAAGUUUUUGGAUGAAAAAUGGAAUCCCAAAUUUGUGGUGAUUGUUGCCCAGAAAAAUCACCACACCAAGUUCUUCCAAAACAGCCCUGAUAACGUUCCACCUGGGACUAUCAUCGACAACAAAGUUUGCCAUCCAAGGAACAAUGAUUUCUAUCUAUGUGCACAUGCUGGCAUGAUUGGAACCACAAGGCCGACCCACUACCAUAUCCUCCAUGAUGAGGUUGGGUUUUCGGCUGAUGAUCUGCAGGAGCUGGUCCAUUCUCUGUCCUAUGUUUACCAGAGAAGCACCACAGCCAUUUCAGUGGUGGCUCCAAUCUGCUAUGCUCACCUGGCAGCGACCCAGGUGGGGCAAUUCAUGAAGUUUGAGGAUACCUCAGAGACUUCGUCGAGCCAUGGAGGGGUCACUUCCAAGGGUGCUGUUCCGGUGCCUCAGCUGCCGAAACUCCAGGAGAAAGUCUGCAACUCCAUGUUCUUCUGUUAGGCUCCUCUCCUCUCCUAAACUAGAAUCUCCCCCAACCUUUUGUAUGCUGUGAAAACUUGCUCCGUUGCUUUCAUGUUGAAGCUUUUAGUCAUGUCGUGGCCUAUGUAUGCUUUCAUGAGGUCGUGCAGCUGCCUGCUGAUUAUAUAUAUAUAUAUAUAGAAUGGCUAUCUUAAACUGACUUAAAGAGAAUAGUCAUCAGCAGUUUGUAAAUAUGGGAUUAGGUUUGAUCUCACUCUCUCUCAGUUAUCUUGUGGAUGGAUGACAUGACUAUGCUUUUUCAAUGGAUGACCAUCAGACUCGGUUUCUGUCGAUGAAACUUGCUCUUUA